CAGGAGAGAGAGGGAGAGAGAGCUUAGAACGCGAACACCAACCAAAGUACACGAACGGUACUUUUUUUAUUUAGUCCACAUAGCAAGAGAAUGGCUACUUCCCUACGAAACCCCCGCCCGCUGCCGCAUGUAGAUGCAUAGAUAGGACGAUGGGAUAUUAUAUUUGAGCUAUUGAUAGGCUAAAAGAACAGAAGAACUUCAUCCAUGGCCCUGAAGCAGCAGCAGCAGAGGAGGAGCGGAAGCUUUGGUGCUGCUGCCCCUGCUUCCUCUGCAGCGAUGGAUCCAAGGAGACAACCCUGUGCAAACGCCAGGGGACCUCCUUCCCAAGCGGAUCAACGGCCCCUCCCUUCCUCUUUCUCGAUCGAUAGCACCCGGCCAGCCGCCAGGGAUGGGGGUGGUGGCGCAGCAGCUAACGAAGAGAAGAAGAGGUCUUUCGGCAGCAGCAACCACAACAACAGCAAGCCAGUAACGAAUACGGCGAUGAAGACGAUGAUGAGGAGAAAAGACUGCGCCAAUCUCCAGGCGAGGAAGGAAACCGCUGCCCAAUUGACCAUUAAGUCGAUGCCUAUCACUGCCAAGUUCAAGACGAUGGAUUUGGGGGAGAUUAGGAAGGGUACUCAUCUCACGGGAGACCAUAAAACAGGCUUGGUCUCCAGGAACGCGAAUAAGGAGGAAGGUGGUGGUGACGAGAAGAAGAUCAUGAGGCGGAAAUCUAUUUCCGGGUCGCUGGAAUGCGAUUUCGCAGAGAUGGGUGCUAAGAUUUUGGCGGUCGACAUGCCCCCGUUUAUGCAGGCCCAUGCUGUCACUUGUGCCCGUGCUGCUCAUGAGGCGAGCGUCGGCAAGCCUGGCACCAAGAACUUGGCCUUUGCCCUCAAAAAGAUGCACUGGAGUGCAAUAUGACCAGAAGAAGAAAAUCGUAACAUCUUACAGAUGAACUGGCUAGUUCUUUUCUUCUGCAAAAUCACUUCAUGUUUUGGUGUUAGAAGACGAGAAGCGUCAUGUGACAUCUGUUGAGAAUCUGUUUCUUUCUCCCGCCUUCCGCAAACAGAGUUUAUAAUUUUCUCUCAAAUAGUUCAUUUAUAAAUCAGUUAAAACUGCUGAUUCUUUGAUUUUUAACAACUUGCCUGGUUUUUCAUUCCUGGAGAGGAAAUAUGAAAAGGGCGGACGAGGGAUCAUUCGUCAUUGCUUUCUUCCAAUGGCUUCAAUUUUUAUUGUUGCAUGUGUGGAGUGAUUCUUGGUUUAGGGCCAUUAGUCAAAAAUGGGGGAAGCCCCAAAUGGGUAUUGUCUGCUCUGGUUGUAUGGUAGGUGUAAGUUCCUGGCAGUUUCUAGGCAUGACAAGCAGGGUGUCCUUUGUAGGGUCAAGUUGCUUUCUUGCAGAAAAGUAUACACUCUCGAUGACGUUUAGCUUUUCAGAGUCGGGUGCCUUUCCUAGCAAAAAAGGAAAGACUUUUUAGUGAAAUAUCAAAUUUGUGCCUCCCCUCUAAUGGAACGGGUCACUGGAGUGGGUGGAGGAAUGUGAUGUGAUAAAUUUUAUACUUUUCUGUGUGAUUGAAUAGUUUGUUGAUUGUU